AUGGAGCAAAUACACAAGAAACAUUUACAUGCAUCUUUGAAUCCUGCAUAUCUACAGCACCCACCGAAAACCUGUAAAGCGCUUCGAAAGACAGAUCCAAAAGAGCCUCGAAAAGAAAAUCACAAUAUCAACGAAUUGGCUGGGCCGAGUGGUAGAAUUAUUACUGCCCAAAUCAAACAUCAUCAAACCGCCGGCUAUACGAUCUUAGAUCAUGCUGAAGUACUCACUCCAGCCUCACAUGAUAAACCUGGGAACACAACAUCCCUAUACCCCGAACUAGCCUACCGUAAGCAACCUUUCGGCGUUUGA